AUGCAUCGACUUUUUGCUGAGCUGGAGCUAUCUGUAACCGUCACCGAGCAAAACCUGGCAGACCGAGUUCGGUAUAUCUUGCGCUCAAAUAUAUUUGAUGUCACCGAACUCGAACGGCAACGACGUGAGGCUGUUCUUUCAUCGGGUGAAAAUGCUGCGGCUGAGGAUACGGUGCCACAAAAUGCUGAGCAAACGGCAAAUGUGGAUGCCGCCGUGAAUACGCCAGUUGUGGUUGAUUCAAACGAUGACGGAACAGUCGCCCAGGAACUGGAACUAGAGCAAAUGAGGAGCACAUUGGAUCGAGUACUCGAAAAUCGACCGCGACUUCCCCGCUUAGCCCUAAGCAAGCGGAAUCGGGCUGUCGUGAGGGCUCUGAACCCAAUGCUGGUUACCUACUUGGAAGCCAGCCGGGACCUUUGCGAGACGGACUCAAUUCUUUUUGGCGCCGCAGUGGCAGCUUGCCGUAUUCCAAUUUUUUGGGCGCCAAUUAGCGGGAGACGCCCAGGCCCGGCACCGUUUCAUUGUAUCAUUGUACGGCCGUAA